AUGCCCCGCUCAUUUUUGGUGAAGAAAAUCAAGCUUGAUGAUUUCUCCUCGGCCACCUCCAACCACCACCACCACCACCACCACCACCACCUGGACGACUCCUUCACUUUUUCACGCUCCAUCACAGACUCCGUCACCAGCUUGGGGGUCCGUCUCAGCGAGAAUGGCUACAUCCAGGAUUACAUCACGCCAUCUGUGUACCAGGGGGAGAAGAAGAUGGAGCACAAGCUGGCCUCCCCCGUGUCGGACCCCCUGUACGCCCAGGGGGCGAACAGCGGCGGCGAGGAGUACUGCGAGCCUGACCUGGAGCACCCCGACAGCCCGCAGUCCGGCAUGACGGCCAGCGGCUUCUACAGCGGCGAGUCGGACGCGCUGGCCGAGGGCUACACCAUGGAUGCCUUCUUCAUCUCCGACGGCCGCUCGCGGCGGAAGAGGGACAGCGAGUCCCGCAGCGGCGGCGGCGGCGGCGGCGGCGGCUCGGGCUCACGGAGCAGCGCCUCCAGCACGCCGGCGCCGGAGGAGAGGGGUUCCAGCUGUGGCACGGCGCGCCACAGCUGCAACGAGUGCGGCAAGACGUACGCCACCUCGUCCAACCUCAGUAGACACAAGCAGACGCACCGCAGCCUGGACAGCAAGAUGGCCCGCAAGUGUCCCACCUGCGACAAGGUGUACGUGUCCAUGCCGGCGCUGGCCAUGCACAUCCUCACCCACGACCUCAAGCACAAGUGUGACGUGUGCAGCAAGGCGUUCAGCCGGCCCUGGCUGCUGCAGGGCCACAUGCGCUCGCACACGGGGGAGAAGCCGUUCGCCUGCGCCCACUGUGGCAAGGCCUUCGCCGACCGCUCCAACCUCCGUGCCCACAUGCAAACACACUCUGCCUUCAAGCACUACAGAUGCAAGCGUUGCAAUAAGACCUUUGCCCUCAAGUCCUACCUGAACAAGCACUACGAGUCGGCUUGCUUCAAGGGCUCCGCGGAUGAAGACGGAGAAGACGAGGAGUCCGGGUCGGAGAUCUGA